AUGGCAUCAAUUUCUAAUCCACACACUCGAAAGACUCGAAGGAGAGUAUCAAAAUCAUGUUUCUUGUGUAGAAAGAGAAAGUUGAAAUGUGAUCGAAACCUACCUUGUCAAAAUUGUUUUGAAAGUAAGAAGACUGAGCUUUGUAUUUACGAGAGGCAAUUGCUGAAAAACGAUCAUACCUUGAGUGCUUCUGAGGCAGAGACUCUUGCUUUGUCGGAGGAGUUGAAAUCCAGCAAAGAGAAGAUAAAUAAUUUGACAAGUUUGGUACAACUAUUUUCCAAAGACACGUCAGAAAGGGCCAAAAGAAUUGAUGCUCAAGUAAAUGAUAAUGACCUAAAGUUAGAUCUUUAUGAAAACUUUGAUUUAAUGACAUACGAAAAAGGUGACUACGUUCGUAUGGGACUGACAUCAAUGAUGUCACUUAUUUUAAAUGAUACAUAUUGGGGCACCUUAUUUGUUGAAUAUUUAGGUUCACGGUUUCCACAAACUCGAGCUCCCGAAUCUGAUGAUAUAAAGAAUAGUGACCAACUAAAAGAAAUUAAUAUUGCUUCAGAAGUGGAAAGGGCCCGUAAAAUAUUUCCGAAGGUCUCGCUUGUUGUUCCUUUAGUGGAUUGUUUUUUCAAGUACGGAGCUUCAAGUGCCUCAAUUCUUGACAAAGAUAGCUUUCUUCUAGAAAUAGGAAAAAUAUUAAGUCCAGACGAAAGCAUCAAGUUUAAUCUUAAAAAGAGGAAACACUACGUACUUCUAGCAGAACUUCUCGUAAUCUUAAGAAGUGCUUUUGUCUCAUUGCCACAAACCAAUGAGAAAGGCAGUCUUUCAAUUGUAAAUUUUCCAAAUGGACAACAAUUUGAAAGCUAG